UGCUAGUGAGAUUAUAUUACGUCACGUAGGAAAUUUAUAAAUACCGCAAUGUCUGAUUUUCCAGCAUAUUCACAGUUUGAUUCACAAAGUCCAAGUCACAGCAAAAAUUCUGGUGGUUUUUUCUACUCUCCUGGAAAACAAGGUACUCCUUCACCUGCUAAACACGGAAAGCAAGAAUUUUUACAAAACAUUGUGCCAUGUACAGUUGCACAGCUCUUAAAAGUUACUGAAGAAGAAGAAUGUGUAAAGAUAGGAAGCAUUGUAGCUAAUAUUAUAACUGUAGUAGGAAAAGUUCAUUUUGUUCAAAAAUCAACAACUCAGAUUUCUUUCAAAUUAGAUGACAUGUCUGGACCUCCAAUUAAUGUGAAGUUAUGGUUGAAUUUAAAUGAGAAUAUUCCAGACAUUUUAAGAUUGCCCUCCAGUUUUUCCUAUUCAAGAAUAAUUGGAAAACUUCGUUUCAUUCAAGGAGAACGUUUCAUCCAUGCAUUAAAAUUGCUACCCAUAAAGGAUGCAAAUGAAAUUUCAAUGCAUCUGUUGGAAAUUAUUCAUGUUGCUAUGAAUCAGAGAGUAAAUGAAUCUUUGGUAAGUGAAAAUUUAAAAGUUUUAUAA